GUCAGUCUUCUUUGCAAAUGCAACCAUAUAACUCAUCUUCUUUGCACCCAUCACAUCCCUUCUCAUUUUGACACAUUAUUAGUUCAAACUUCAAACCAAAAAAACAAAACCCCCCAGGCCGGCCUGCUCCACAAAAUGACUAGAGAGACACCAUCAAAACUCAUCUUCUUAUGCCUCUCUCUCCUUGCUUAUUCUUCCACAUGCACUUCCCAUCCGAGUGUCACUAAGAAAGGAGCUGAGAUCAAAGGGUUGUUUGUUUUUGGAAGCUCUCUGGUUGAUAAUGGCAACAACAACUUCCUGCAGAACUCAUUGGCUAAGGCUGACUACUUGCCAUAUGGAGUAGAUUUCCCACUUGGGCCUUCGGGAAGGUUCACAAAUGGGAAGAAUGUGAUUGACCUUCUUGGUGACCACCUUAAGCUUCCCUCCUUGAUUCCAGCUUUUGCUGACCCCAAUACUAAGGGAAGUAAAAUUGUUCAUGGUGUCAAUUUCGCUUCUGGUGCCUCUGGUAUACUAGAUGACACUGGCUUUCUUGCGGGGCAUGUGAUAAAUCUGAAUCAACAAAUUAGAAACUUUGAGAAGGUGACCUUGCCAGAACUAGAAGCUCAGUUGGGACACAGAAGCAGGGUGGUGCUUCCCAACUACUUGUUUGUUGUGGGAACUGGAGGAAAUGAUUACUCCUUCAACUACUUCCUCAUGAAAUCCAGCAUCAAUGUCAGUCUUGAAGCCUUCACUGCCAACCUCACAUCAUCGUUGUCUCAGCAAAUUAAGAAGUUGUAUAAUUUGGGGGCCAGAAAGUUUGUGUUAAUGUCAGUAAACCCAAUUGGGUGCAGUCCUAUGGCAGCGGCAAACCGGCCAAGGCACAAAGGCUGCGUUCAAGGUCUUAACAAGGCGGCUCACCUCUUCAACGCUCACUUGAAGUCACUGGUGGAUGUCAUCAAACCACAUCUGCCUGAUUCUAAUUUUGUUUUUGUUAACUCAUAUAAGAUUAUCAGAGAUAUUAUCAGAAAUCCCAUCUCCAAAGGUUUCAAGGACGCGAGGAGACCUUGUUGUGAAGUUGCAUCAACAAAUGGAGUGUUGUGCAAAAGAGGUGGUCAAGCUUGUGUAGACAGGAGCAGUCACGUGUUCUUCGAUGGAUUGCAUCCAACAGAAGCUGUGAAUAUUCAAAUAGCAGCUAAGGCUUAUGAAUCUGAUCUCAAAAGUGAAGUUUAUCCCACUAAUGUAAAGAAUCUGUCCAACGUUUAUGUUUAAUUUCUAGCUUCAGUUCUUGCUUCAUUGUGUCAUAGUCUAGAAUAAAAAAUUUGGGACAUAACUUGUAAGGUUUAGCUAGUUUAGUGGUCCAAUAAGACUCUAGUGAAUGUGUGUUUCUAAA